AUGAGAAGCAGGGCAGAGAAAUCAAAAGCCAAAACAGAUAUUUGGAGAAUCGAGGACGAACAAGCGCAGUUCUACUUCGAGGCGUACCGACUGGAAUGCGGCGAAAAGUCGCAACUAUUUCUGGCGAAGGCGGUUCAGUUAUUUCAACGUUCUAAGCUGCGCCAGGAAGAGCUGGCGAUUGUGUGGGAACUGGCGCAGAUCGACAACGCCAAGCAGCGCGUUUCUUUGCCCGACUUUUUCGUCGUCUUUCAUUUGAUCGUCGCCAGGCGCAAUGGAUGUCCGCUGCCUUUCGCGCUCCCUCCGCAGCUCAAAUCCUCGGCUUUGAAGCAGGCUGAGCAGAUCCAAAAGCCUCUGGAACGAAGAUCGAUCGCGGAAUUGAAAAACUCGAUCGAGCAGAUCAACAAGAAAAACGCCUCGAUUUUGGAAGCGAUCAAAACGACCGGGGUCGAAAUUCGCCGGGCGCAGUUCUGCCGCAUCUACCGCGAGAAACACCUCUUCACGAAGCAGCGAGAAAAGAAACAAGUGAUGUUUUGA